AUGCGACCUGUUCCCGACUUGCCGACCUUCGCCCGCAAACCUUCCUUCGACCACCCCUCCCCGUCCCUUGAUCCCCGCACCGCCGCCCCCUCAACCUUCUUCCUAUCUCGCAACCCGCAUGCCUCCGACGAUGAGCCCAGCUCUCCUAUCGAUGAGCCCGGGGACAUGAGGGAAAGCAUGUAUGGGGUGCAGAGUCUAGGGGAGACCUUGUCUCGCUCCGAGUUGGCUGCAAGCUCCCCGCGCUCAUUCCCCGCAGACGGCCAGUUCAUGAGCAGUCCGUCGCAAGGACUCGAGGAUUCAGAGGAGCUCCAGAGCUCACGACGACGAUCAACAAUCAAGCCCUUUGGAUAUGGAGUGCAGGACUCACUAUCGCGACCUCCUCCCUCCGAUACGGCUUCGCGCCCACUGACCCCGCUAAACCCCGACGAGCCUUCUUCGUUGCCUAGUAGUCCUAAAUCUAUUUCCAAUCAGUCCUUUCGGCCGCUUGACGACAUCUCCAUCUCAGAUGAAAUCAGCAGCCAACAUCUUAUGUCGGGGGAUGAGGAGGAGAGGUUCAGGGCAUCGCCUCUUCUGGGGCCUGGUGGAGCUUCCCAGCUUAUCAUGCCCAGCAUCAAGAUGCCCAGCCGACGACCGUUUACCGAGCGGGGGAAAGCUAUGGGUCGGUUCAAAGUACUCUUGGCUGGAGCUCCGGGGUCCGGCAAAACAUCCCUCAUAAAAUCCAUCGUUCAGACUAGUGAAGAUAUCGUGCACGUUGAUUCUCUGGAUGCUCUUUCGUCGGUGAUCUCACUCGAGCGCCGCCGGCCGUCACAUCCCCACUACGGGGCCCCCACUCGCGGGGUGUCCGCUGCCGUCACUGAGAUCUACGCUAGUACCAAACCGUAUCCAUCUUGGUGGUCGGAUCUAGAGGAUUCGCGGGUGCUACGACGCCGGAAAAGCAUUGGCGAAAUCGUACUCGAGCGAAACCUCUGUUUCGUUGAUACGCCCGCUACUUCUCUGAGCCGGGCAGGGCAAACCGAUGCCAUCGUCCAAUACAUGCGACAGCAAUUACACCGAGCAACCACAGCGCUUGCAAGCUCAGGAGUAGAUUUUCAAAAUCUGCUUGCGGGGAAUGGUGGUUCCCAAGUUGACGCGAUCUUGUACUUGAUAUCGGAUGGUACCCUGGCUGCCGAUGUUGAAUGCAUCCGCAAGCUCUGCGAUCUGAGCAAUGUCAUUCCAGUCGUGGCAAAGGCAGACAAUUUGACAGAUGAGCAAAUCACUUCGCUCAAGAAUCGGUUUCAUCAGCGAGCUCAAGAUGCCGGAAUCAAACCUUUUCUAUUUGGCAACUCACUUCCAGGAGAAAUUGAAGGACUGGGGCCACAGCCACCCUACGCAGUAUCGUCCGAGAAAACCACCGACACGGAAGUCAUGGACGCUAGUACACUGAUGAAUCCAGACUACGUACAGCCGCUUGUCGUGUCUGAACUUAGCACUCUAGUUGCGAAGCUAUUCGACCGGGACAACCUUGCCUGGAUGCGCCAUUCAGCCGCAAAGAAGCUAGCACUGCGCCGCGGAGAUUUCCCACCCUUUCCACCCACAACGGCGCCAGUUCCAAACACGCUCUCGGGUGCUACUACUGGUGGACCAGGCUGGCGUGGCGUGUCAGGAGCUUCUAUGAACUCAUCCAUCUCCUCUCUCGGCGAAUCACCACCCAGCUAUGCAAUGGCACGGAUCACAGACUACACGCGGCAUGAAGAGCGCAUGGCCCACGUGCGUCUGGCCCACUGGGCAACAGACCUGCAGCGCAGCCUACAAAACGAGCGUGACCGAUACGCCUCCCUGGCUCGAGGUGAUCGUGCCAUAUGGCUGACCGAGAAACUGAAUGAAUGCGUUAUAGAUGGCUCACUAGUGCCCAUUUCCCAAACCCCUGGUUUCUGUGGGCUUCAUAUCCCCGUCGGCGAGAAAGGUCCGAGUGGCUUACAUGCCAUGCGACCCGGUGGAUCAAAGGAGUACCGUUUCACAAGCAUGAGUUCGCACGACCCUCUAGGCGUGGUCGGCUGGAUUGACGACCUCGGCCGGCGUGGCUGGGUCCUGGUCCAGAUCGUCGGUAGUGUCGGGGUUGUCGGCGGGCUGGCACUCUGGCUUGCGCGGACCUGGGGACUCUCCACGAAAAGUCUAUCUGAGCUUCAAUUCGACUACUGGUGCGGGCGUAUGGAACAAUAA